AUGCAAAAAUUAGGCUCGAGACUCCAUCUGGGAGAAGCCAAGCGCGGAAGACGGGCCUUUCACCAUUAUGUAGUCAAGCCUUUGAGGGUGCGCUCCUUUUUUUGUGUUCCCCAUUUUUGUACAAGCCAUUUGUCUGCCCAAACAGGGAACCCACAGAGGGAAUGGAAGGGCACUCCCUUUUACGAAAGGAGACAAAUCAGCAGCUUCUUCAGCCAAGCAAGAAACAACUGUUCCGUCGAUGGAAAAGGAGGAAAUGAAAUAUUUUUUGAAAAAAUGGAAAAAAAAAAUAGCAAAACGUUUCAUUUGAAGAAGCAAAGUGUGUCCAGUGAAAAAGCAGCCAAAUUCGAUUCUGUAAAAGGGGGACAAGCGGAAAAUGCUGCGAACGUGGAAAAUGCGGCGAACGCGGAAAACACACAAGAAGAGGCACUUCUGAACCAUGGGGAUGAGGACAAAGUGGCCAGCCGAAGGGGGACAAACCAAAAUAGUGACCCCAUCCCCCCAGUCAUAGACCUAGAACUGUCCGAACUGUGGUCCAAAAAAACGCUCAUUCUAAAUUUCAAAAAUGGCGUAUUCGAAAUUAUUUUAAACAGGCCAGAAAAGCUAAAUGCAAUUAACAAAGACAUGAUUAAUGGAUUGUUAAACAUUGUGAAAAGUUUAAACAACGAUGAUAGGUGUCGCAUUAUUGUGAUUAAAAGCAGCAACACGACAUGCUUCUGCUCAGGUUCUGAUGUCAAGGACAUUGUCCAAAAUAAAGAAAAAGGAAUGCAACAUUUGAAACAACUUUACAUGUACAUAAACUUUUUAUCCAACAUGAAAAAACCCGUCCUGUGCAUAUGGAAUGGUUAUGCUAUGGGGGGAGGGUUAGGGAUUUCUAUGUAUGCAAAAUUUAGAAUAAUAAAUAAGAAAACCGUAUAUGCUAUGCCAGAAAAUAAAAUUGGCUUUUUCCCUGAUAUCGGUUGCUGCUACUUUUUUAAAAAAUAUUUUGGAAGGAACAUUGGUCUCCAUCUAGGGUUGACAUCCCUACGAUUAAACGAAGUCGAUUUAGUCAACUUUAAAAUAUGCACCAACUAUGUAGAACAUGUAGAUGCACUGCUGAACGAUAUUUACAGCAUCGGUAAGGAAAACCAGAAUGAGUUCGAUGCGGGACUUGCCAGGGUGUUAGAUAAGUACCCGCCCCAAAUCACUACGGACACAAAACCGGUACUAACGCAACAAAUGAUUAGCGACAUUGAGAAGUACUACAGUUUGGCUACUAGUCUAGAAGAUCUUGUUAGCGGAUUAAAAAAGGACCAGGAUGACAAUCCCUUUUGUAAGCAGACCCUUGAUGCUAUAAACCAGAAUUGCUACUCCAGUGGUAAGUUAUGGUUUGAGUAUUUCCUUUACAAUUACGUUAAACCCUUGGAGGAGGUACUAGACAACGACUUUAAAAUUACGCAACAUUUCUUAUAUCACACGGAUACGUUCGAGAAAGGCGUAACUGAGUUGCUUGUGAAGAAAAAUAAAUCUUUCAAGUGGAGUUCGGAGCGCGAAUAUGGCCAAGUGCAGGAGGGGCGAAGCGUUGAAGACAUUCUAACAAACAGCAGGGUGUUGUCCAUUCGGGGGGAAUUCACAUGA